AUGAUGGGCACGCAAUCAGCCCCGCCCACUUACCUCCCUUUGCACUGGAAAACUGGGGCGGAUGUCCCUCCAGAGCAGGGGGUCCUGGAUGGAAUAAUGCGGGCUCCCUGCGUCGUCCCUUUGCUGAGCACCUCCACCCAGUCCCUCCGCCUCAGGGAAUUUGUCCACUACCUGAGAACCCCCACAAGGGGUCCUGCCAGCCUUGGGCUCAGGCACCGGGGGAGGGGGCCAGGCUCCUUCACCACAGCCGCUCCCCCUGCCGCUGUCCCUCCCUGGUCUGAGUUUGGAAGAAAAGCAAGACAGGACAGUGGGAAGAGGACUGAGAGGAGAGACAGUGUUCCCACUUGUGGCUUACUGACCCAAAUCCCACACCACAGUCCGGCUUGGGGCCAUAGGUCUUCUGCCUCACCAUCCUCCCUCCCCCUCCUCCCUGGAGCCUUCAGACCCCCAUCACCUGAAGUGGGUGACGGCUCAGCUCCUGCCUCUGGCCUGCACCGGCCCCUGGCAGCCCAGACUCCUGGCCUUAGAGGGGGAGAGCUGUCUACUGUGGAAAACAGCCAAGGAACCAGAGCCGUCCGUUCAUCUGGGCAACGCGCCCGAUGUCUUCACCAGAAAUUCUUCCUAAAGUCGACCCUAACAUUCCCUCUACGUGCCCUGCACCAGCUGGCUCCAAGCCGGGCUUUCUUCCCAGUUCAGCCAGCCCUGCUCCUUCUGCCGAAGCGGGACUAUCAGGCAGAGCAAGAGCCCAGUUCCAAAAACGAAAACAAAAGUCUCUGCUCAUUCCCAGCGCUCACCUUCUCUGUGCACCGUGUCCACCCCCGGCCACCACAGAAACCCACAGGGCACUGGAGCCUUCAUCCCAAAAUGAGUCAAGGUCCCUCAGAGGGGGUUGAACCAGGGUACAGGAAUUUCCCUUCAUGUCAAGCAAGGGCUUUACUUGACACCAACCUCUGUCCAGCCUUCUUGGCCCUUGGAGCCAAGAUUGGCUUCCCUGCUCAGAGGGGCCAGAGCUCCUGUGGGCAAACCCAGUUGUCCCCUGGAGAUGCCUUCCUCCCUGACCUCUGA